GUGAUCAUCCUUCUCAGUGACCCCGCGACUGCAUCCGAAAGCGCAUCAUCGAUUCGAUGAAGCAACCAUUCGCGAGAGAAUGAUAUUCCGUAUUCACUGAUAUUCCAUACGCCAACCAGACUCCUUCCUAUUUUGCGCGUUAUAAUUCGCGACACUGUGAUAAAUCUUUUUACGUUUAUUAUCUUGUGAAAUUAUAUUUUUGUUCAUCCUUGUGUGUGUUGUCAUCGAAAAAUCGUGCAAGAUCACGCAAUCGUGAUCGCGAAAAUGCUCGGUGGAUUCGACGCUCAAUCGGACUAUUAUCCACAGUGGCAUCAACCGUGCAAUUAUGUCACCCAGCUUCCUUACGGUCCACUCGGUGGUCCAGACUCGGAUAACCAAUCGACGUAUUGGGGGGCGGAUUCCGGUAUCUCUGGUGGUAGUUCGGGCGCAGGAAGCCCGACGGCCUCUACGCCACCUCUGAUAGAAGAGAUCGGUGUUCAGGAUUCAAAUUACUCAGCUCUUCAACAAUACGUGCAUCCAAGCGCGAACGGUGCACAACAUUACUCUACUUUGUUGUACCCACAACAACAGCACCAUCAUCAUCAUCAUCAUCAUCAUCACCAUCAUCCUCAUCAUCAGCAGCAUCCUCAUCAUCAAGAAACGCAUCAUCAGCAACAACAAACGCAGCAGCAGCAGCCACAACAACAACAACAACAACAACAACAACAACAACAACAACAACAACAACAACAACAACAACAACAACAACAACAACAACAACAACAACAGCAACAACAACAGCAGCAGCACAAUCAACGUAGAGGGGACGAAUUUACGAUGGCCGGUGUCGGAGGUGCCGGUGGUUCAGCAGUUUCGUUAAAUGGCGUCGGCGUCGGUGUCGGCGUCGGCGUCGGCGUCGGAUCUCUUCAGCAACAUCUUCAGCAUCAAGUUGCAAGAGAGGGCAACCCGAUGGUUAGACCUAAACGCCGUAAUACAGCUAAUAAAAAAGAGAGAAGACGCACUCAGAGCAUUAACAAUGCUUUCGCGGAUCUAAGGGAUUGCAUUCCGAAUGUACCGGCGGACACGAAGCUCUCGAAGAUAAAGACAUUGAGGCUCGCUGCCUCAUAUAUCGGAUAUUUGAUGGCCGUAUUGGAAAGCGACGAAAGCGAGGAGCCUCAAACUUUCCGCGCCGAGAUACUGUCCAACGGUAGGAGAAACAAGAACGCCCAAUCGAGUCAGAGCGAGACGUGUUUGCAAUCUAUUUCGAACGUAGCUCACGAAGAAUCGUCCAAGAGCAAAGGCCGAACGGGAUGGCCGCAACACAUGUGGGCCCUGGAAUUGAAGCAAGAAUCGCCGACGAAUCAAAUGCAAUAAAUCAAAGAUCGAAAAACUCAUUAUUUGACGUUCGCCUUAGGACGGAUAAAAAAUUUAUUUAUAAACGAUUAUUGUAAAAAUGAAAGAAAUCUCUCGCGCGUUGUACAUAUUUCGCGUUUAAAUUUAUGUGUAAAUAGAGAAUGCUCGUUGCUUUUAGCUGCUCGUCAAUUUAGCAUAUCGUUACAAGGAAAAAGAGAAAGAGAGAGAGAAAGAGAGAGAGAGAGAGAAAAGAGGAUAAUAACGGUUUGCGGUCUUCCUGACAUUUAAUAAUUUGUAAGCGAGUUUAGAUAAAUACUUGAUCUCUUUGAGAAUCCUUUCUAUUAUUAAGAAUCCUCGCUCUUUGAUUCGUUUGUAAACUUUUGUAUAAAGCACCGUUAACCCUUAAAGGCUAUCAUAGCUGUAAUUUCACUCCAUGCGAAUUUUCUUAAAAAACGAAACGACUUGUACGACGGACAAUGUUUUGCCUAUUUAUUCAGACUAUCAGAAAUGACAACGUUAUCGUAAAACAUAUCAGUUUUCUCGCAUACUUUUCUAUACCUAAAUAUAAGAACAACAAAAAAAAAAAGAAAGUUAAUUCGGUCUGAUAUUUGGUGAUAGCUUUUAAGUCUUAAAGUCCUGUAAAAGAUAUCAAUCGGCAAUAAUAAAAACGUCGUAUCACCAAGA